AUGACGACUUUGCAAAGUGAUGAUAAAUGUGUUCAAACAGAUCCUUGCAUUAGACUGAGCCGUUCUAAAUUCUUGAAAACAUUAAAAUUAUAUCUGAGUAUUGUUAGUCAACAUCGUUUACAUUUAUUUAACCAAUAUACACAAUCAGAUGAAUCCUACGACGACCAAGAUCUGUUGAAUGUUCGAAGACAAAUUCUUGAUCGAUUUGCAUGGGUUAUGAUUGAACUUGAACAAACAAUUGAAAAUUUACGGAGACAACAAUUAACAGUAAUGAAUGCUCAACAAAGUAUCGAUCGACCUCUUGUUAAAGAAGUGAUUGAAGUAUCGAUUAAUGCCAAUAUAUCUUCUAUGAACAAUCUAAAACAACUGGUACUAGCAACAGAUGAAGCACAAAUGCAUAGACGUCAUUUACAAGAAACAAAAGAAGAUUUAUAUAUUCUUGAUUUAUUUAUUCAUCGAGGUAUUUCAAAGAUUGAUCAAUUUGUGGAGUCGACAAAUAUGCAUAUCUAG